GCACUUCAUGGGAGGUGAGGUGGGGGCAGGCUAUCCUGGUUUAACAGAAUGGCGGAGAACCGGGGGCGUUUCCCGGUGCAGUUCUGCACCUUCGCCGCUCACCUGUCAGCUUGACAAAGACAGGAGGCUGUAAAAACCUGGUGUGGUCAGACAGCCGACAGCGAACCGAACUAAAACAGCGACAUGCAGUCUCCAGUGAAAGAUUCUCCUGUCAGACCCGGUUUUCAUAGACAGGAGAUUCAGAAAACGACCUGGGACGUCCCGGAGAGGUAUACCGCACUGAACCCGGUCGGCUCCGGAGCUUACGGGACGGUCUGCUCUUCCAUUGACCAGAAGACAAAAGAGAAGGUGGCCAUUAAGAAGCUGCAUCGGCCUUUCCAGUCCCUCAUCCACGCCAAGCGAGCCUACAGGGAAGUCAGGCUGCUUCGCCAUAUACAGCAUGAAAAUGUGAUCUGCCUCCUUGACGUCUUUACACCUGAUUCCACACUGGAGAAAUUCCAGACCUUUUACAUGGUCAUGCCCUUUGUAGCCCAGGAUCUGGGCCACAUUAUGAAGAGGAGGAGAUUAACUGAUCGCAUCAUCACAUACCUCUUUUAUCAGCUUCUGAGAGGCCUGAAGUAUAUCCACUCUGCAGGGAUCAUUCAUCGGGAUCUGAAGCCUGGGAAUCUUGCUGUAAGCGAAAACUGUGAAUUAAAGAUUCUGGAUUUUGGUCUGGCAAGACAAACAGAGAGUGAAAUGACCGGUUAUGUGGUGACGCGCUGGUACAGAGCACCAGAGAUUAUUUUCAACUGGAUGCACUACAGUCAGACAGUGGAUGUCUGGUCAGCAGCCUGUAUUCUGGCUGAAAUGAUUACUGGCCAGGUGCUUUUCCCAGGACACGACAGUAUUGAUCAGCUAAAGAAGAUCCUCCGUCUGACAGGAACACCAGACUCCUCCCUGGUGAGGAAGAUGCAGAGUAAAGAUGCACAAGCGUUUGUGCAAGAUCUCCCUCCACAAAAGAAGAAAAAUUUCAAGGAGGUGUUUCCAACAGUGGACGAUAACGCUGUAAACCUUCUGGAGGGAAUGUUGUUGCUGGAUCCAGAAAUGAGGCUGACAGCUAAGCAGGGAUUGUCCCACCCCUUCCUGGCGGAAUAUCAUGACCCCGAGAGUGAAACAGACUCAGAGCCCUAUGACGACUCUUUCGAGAGCCUGGAGCUCGCCAUUGGUGAAUGGAAAAGUCUUAUCCACAUGGAGAUCAUGACCUUCGACCCUGACAAUCCAAGCAAGACAGCCAUGUAGGAUGCUGUGUGAGUUCAGUGUUGUAUUUUACAUCGUUGGAAAGCCAGAUGAGUCACCUGUACAACGUGGUACACUACCUGUCACAAACUGGGACACACCCAUUGGAUUUCGAGGGAAAGUGUGUCUAAACUUUUGACUUGGGCCUCCCUUCUUUCUGGAUCCUCGUGGGUUUUCUAAUGUGAAUUUGGGGAAUAUCCUUUGAUUCCCCCGACUCUGACCUUUGAUAGAGUUGUCAGUUAUCGAGAUCGGCUGAUGGGUUCCUAACAUAUUUACCUGUAGUGUAGCAUCUCUGUUAAUAUACAUGUAAAACUGCUCAGUCAUUACUAAGUCCUAGAUGAAUCAGGCUGCUAUCCUCUGGUUUUCGCUGAACAUAAUGUACUUUUCUUUUUGGAGGAGAUAGCCACUGACAUUUUCUACUGUGUUCCAGGUAAAUUUACUCUGACUCAGUAAUGCAUAUCUUCUGUAGUUAUCUGACAUGUCUCAGCUUUCUUUUGAGACCAAUCCUCCUUUUUAUUUUGAUUAUGUAAUUUUGUACAGAAAAAAUAGGCCCCCUCAAUAAAAGGUUAAGGAAAGGUGGUUGGGAAAAUUCUGAAGGACUGUGUUGCAAUGAGAAUCCAACAACACAUAAUAUAAUAUGUAUCUGCAGCACUGAAACUACAGAUGUUCAAUUGAUACCCUUCAAAGAGGGCUUUAGAUACAUCACCUAAAGCAUAUUUAGGUUUCAAGGAGAUGAUACAUCAUAUAUCAUGUUGAGAUAUAAUGUGAAAUUACACUUUAUCCUCAAAGUUUGUAAUAAAUCUGUUAAAAUAAAAAUCACAAAAAUAAAAC